UACAAAACCCGUCUUGCCGUUGACUUCACGCAGCUCCUGAGCAAAAGGGGCUAAUAUGUCGAUGGAGGAUCCUUUUUUCGUGGUUAAAGGGGAGGUGCAGAAGGCCCUGUCCAAAGCACAGGGUUUGUAUGAGCGCUGGGAGGAGCUGCUGCAGGAGGAGACCCCCGUCAGCAGAGAUGAGCUCGACUGGAGCACCAAUGAGCUCCGAAACUGCUUGAGGGCUAUCGACUGGGACCUGGAAGACCUACAUGAAACUAUCAGUAUUGUGGAGGCGAACCCUGGAAAGUUCCGAUUAGGAGAACAUGAACUCCAGGAGAGACGAGACUUUGUGGAACGAACACGGAAAUCCGUUCAGCUGAUGAAGGAGCAGCUCUCCAGUCCCUCUGCUGUGGCACAAGCAGAAAAGAAAAACAAACAGGCUCUGCUCGGAGCCACAGCAAAGGACCGAUACGCUGGUCUGGAGCCUCAUCUGGUGUCUGCAAACUCCAGAUAUAUUCAGGAGCAACAGGAGCAGCAGCAGCUGAUCAUGCAGGACCAGGAUGAGCAUUUAGAGCUGGUCACAGGCAGUAUCCGCGUCCUGAAGGACAUGUCCAGCAGGAUAGGAGACGAGCUGGAUGAACAGGCAGUUAUGCUGGGUGAGUUUAAUGAAGAGAUGGACCAGACCGGUUCUAGAAUGGACUCUGUAUUGAAGAAAAUGGAGAAGGUUUCACACAUGACCAGCAGUCGGAGACAGUGGUGUGCUAUUGGUGUUCUUGUCAUUAUACUGAUCGUGGUGCUCAUUCUGUUCUUCGCCAUUUAAACCAGACUCUUCUUCGGCUUGGCCUUCCAUCAUGCUGAAAUCUUACAGAGGAAGACAGGAGUUUACCACGAUUCUUCCAUUAUCCUUUAUGAGAAAGAUGUCAAAGUUAUUUUUUAUAGUCCUUGUCACUUCAUCUUGUCUUCAGUAACCCGCAUCGCUUCACUCCUGUUUUUGGAUGGACUCUGCAAGGUCUGUUCCAGCAUUUUACUGACGCCGAGGUGGAAUUUAACAGUUAUUAUAUUCCUUAUGUUUUAAUGUGGUACAGAGUGCAGGUGGGGCUGGGGAAUUUGAUAUUGCCUUAUUAUAUUUUUAUAUGUUUGAUGCUAACAGUGCGGUCAUUGUGAAUGUUAUAUAUCAAUAUACUCAUUGUGUGCUGAUGGUUGGUUCACCAAAUAUGUAACAAAGUAAAUGUUGUUUUAAAGAAAUCAACCCGUAACAAGCACAAUGAGUCAAUGCAGGCUUAUAGCGCCCUCUAGAUUUCUAGGAGGCCAUACCAAAGUUAAAGGGAUAGUUCAUCCAAAAAAUGAACAUUCUGUCAUCAUUUACUCACACUUCACUUGUUUAAAAUCAGUUUGAGUUAUUUUAAACACAAAAGAAGAUAUUUAGAAAAAUGUUGAAACCUGUAACCAUUGACUUCCAUAGUAUGAAAUCAAAUACUAUGGAAGUCAAUGUGUCCCAGCAACCACAUUCUUAGAAAUGUUGGUUUAUAAUAUCUUUGAUUAUAACAUGUUUGAAUAUCUUCUUUUGUGUUCAGUAGAAAAUAAUAAACUCUCAUCUAAAAAAAACAUGAGGGAGAAUAAAUGUAGAUGAGGUCAUUUUUAUUUUUGGGGUGAACUAAGUUCAAAUUUACUUAGCAUCACUCUCAAAGAGUUACUUUUUUACUGUUGAAAAAAAGAGAUUUUGAUGAAUGUUAGAAACGAUAAACAUUAACAUUACCUCCAUAAGAAAAACAAAUACAAUGGAAGUCAAUGGUUACAGAUACACCAUUUUUCAAAAUAUCUUCUUUUGUGUUCAGUAGAAAAAUAUAAACUCAAACAGGUUUGGAACAAGUCAAACGAUGACAGAAUUUUUUUUUGGAACAUUCUGUCAUCAUUUACACACACUUCACUUGUGGAAAACAUGUUUGCGUUUCUUUAAACACAAAAAAUAAGAUAUGUUGGAAACAUGUAACCAUUGACUUCCAUGGUCAUUUUAUUUCAUACUAAGGAAGUCAAUGAGUCCCAGCAACUAAUAUUAUAAACCAACAUUUAUAAGAAUGUCUUUAAUAAUAAUAAUACAUUUAAAUAUCUUAUUUUGUGUUCAAUAGAAAAUAAUGAACUCUCAUUUAAAACCACAUGAGGGAGAAUAAAUGAACAUGAGGUCAUUUUUGUUAUUUUUUGGGUGAAGUUCAAAUUUACUCACCAUCACUCUCAAAGAGUUAUUUUUUUUCUGUUUAACAAAAAAAAAGAGAUUUUGAAGAAUGUUGGAAAUGGGUAAACAGGAAAAACAAAUACUUUGGAAGUCAAUGGUUACAGGUUUCCAUCAUUUUUCAAAAUCUCUUCUUUUGUGUUCAAAAGAAAAAAAAUCCAACUCAAAUAGGUUUGGAAGAAGUGAAAGGUGAGUAAACGAUGACAGAAUUUUCUAUUUUGGGUGAACUAUCCCUUUUCCAUCUGAUGGAAAUUAAAAUCGCGAACUUUUAAAAUCACCAUUUGCUCUUAUUCAUGGAUGAAUCUCAUCAUUUGAGUCAACUCGUGGAUAAUUGCUUGUCAAAAUCGUCAAAUUUGCUCGCACUGUUCAUGAGUUUUCAUGGAUCUGCUUGUAAUUGUUGGGAUUUUUGCUCAUUUUAAAAUCUGAUUUUAUGCGUUACUUUUAAGAUUACUGUAUAUUGUUACUGCAGCGCAUAUGUGUAGAAUUAUUUGGACAUGCAGUGAUGGGUUAAACCACAAUGAUAUUCCAUACUACUUAAUAAUUUUACUAUUUUUACUCAAUUAACUGGUCUUUUAAAUGCAGUAAAAGCAGCAACAUGCAUGUUCUGAAAGUCGUAUUGUAUUUUAAGCGGGGAGGCUCACCAAAAAAUUAAUCUUUGCUUUUGAUUUACACGCAUUUUCCAACAUUUAAAAAGAUUUUUAGCUGACGUCUUCAUUUUUGGUGAUUCAUAAAAGGACAUUUUCAAAUAUCAGCACUUUUGAAAGUCAAAAAGACACACAGACAAAACAAAAUGUAAUUGUGUGACUCGCUGGAAGGUAAACGAACAGCAAGUUAAUUUCAUUAUUGGGUGAACUCUCCAACUGACAGCAUCCCCGAAAAAGCUCAUCAAAAGCCCACAGUUAUGAUUGUUACUUCAUAUUUGUGCUCCUGAGCUCAGAUCUAAUAUCAUUUGCUAACGAACAUUUUGUACUCAUAUCCUCUGUGCCAAUGAGUUUUCUGAGAUCUGAGUGUAAGGACACUAGGUGCCCGUGGGUGAAUGUAUUGUUCAAAACCAACGCUUUCCUCUCUUUCAGCUUCAACUGAACUCGACUCAUUUCAGUAUUGUUAGUCGUCAUUUUAUAAUACGAUAACGUAUCCUAGCAACUGUGAGCAUAAGAUUUUCGUUGUGAGCCUUAAAAAGUCAAAUUCAACGUCUGCGUUCAAAACGUGGAACAAGGAAUGAAAAUGAAUGACCUCUUUCAUGUCCUUUUUAGGGAAAUUCGGUACUUGUUUGAUGUUCUUGCAGAGGAAAUAAAUUUGCUGCCUACAUGAAUGACUGCGUUUCAGUCCAACUCUAAUGCCCGUGUCAUUAGUUUUUGUAAGCAUUUGUAUUAUAUAAGAGUUUUGCCUUUAUUUUGGCGUCUUGAUAAAUCCAAAUGGUUCCUGAAUAAAGUAUAUGCCUUUGA